AUGAAACAAAACAGUUGUUUUUGCUCAUUCAUUCCAAAUAAAAUUUGUGUUAAUGAUAUCAUUGGUAGAGGUUCAAUGCAUCUUACUAAAGAAGUUACUUCAAGAAUUGUUAAUACUAUGAAGAGGUGUAAUUCAAAUAUUCAAAUAGAAUCAUUUUUACAACCAAUUUUAACUAAACCAGAAACACCAACUUCCAAUGGAGGUCUUGAUAAUGAAAACCAAGAGUUAAUAAUUAGAAAAGGAGAUAUUAUUGGGAGUUAUAAUUCAAUUGAAGGACGUCGAUAUUCUAUGAGAAGAUCAAUAGUUACUCAGUACAAAAUUAUUGAAAAAUUAGGACAAGGUACUUUUGGUCAAGUGUUUAAGUGUCAAGAUCUUAACAAUGGAAAAAUGGUUGCACUAAAAAUUCUUAAAAAUAAAAAAGCAUAUUUUAGACAAGGUUUAUUAGAAUUAACUACUCUUACAAUUAUUAAUACAAUAUAUGAUAAAGGAUGUUCACAUAUUGUUGAAAUGAUUGAUCAUUUUCUUUACUGUGGUCAUUUAUGUAUUGUUCAAGAAUUAUUGGGUCAAAAUUUAUAUCAAAUGUUAAAAGAAGUUCGUUUGAGAGGAAUGAAAUUAUCAAAUAUUAAAAAGAUAACACGACAAAUUCUUGAAGGUGUUUCAUCAUUAAAUGAAGCAGGUAUAGUUCAUUGUGAUUUAAAACCUGAAAAUGUAUUAAUUAAUAAUAAAGAUAUUAAAAUUAUUGAUUUAGGAUCUUCAUGUUUUUCUAAUUAUACAUUAUAUUCUUAUAUUCAAUCAAGACAUUAUAGAGCUCCAGAAAUUGCAUUAGGAAUGAAAUACUCAACUUCAAUUGAUAUGUGGAGUGUUGGGUGUAUUGUAGCUGAAAUGUUUUUAGGUAUUCCAUUAUUUCCAGCAAAUAGUGAAUAUGAUUUAUUAUAUCGAUUUGUACAAACACUAGGAAUGUUACCUUUUUCUUUACUUUCUACUGGAAAUAAAUCAAAAUGUUAUUUCAAAAAAUCAACAAGUUCACUUGGAGUAAUACAAUAUAGAUUAAAAGAACAAUUUGAAUAUGAAUGGGAAAAUAAUUGUGGUCUUCCUCCUCAUAAAGAAUAUCUUCCUGUAAAACUUUUAAAAGAUAUUAUUUUUAAAUGUCAAUUACGUGUUGAAAGUCCUUUAACUCUAAAAACAAAACAAACUCUAUUUGAUUUUUUAAGUGGAUGUUUUCAAUAUGACCCUAAACUAAGAUUUACACCAAAACAAGCUUUGGCUCAUCCUUUUAUCACAAAUGGUUCUUUAAAAGAUUUUGUAUUACCACCGAGAGAAUUUCCUUAUAAAGUUUAUGGUCAUGUUGUUACGGCUGAACCUAGUCAAAUGAUUGCUGAUACCUAUAAAGAUACUUCAAUUACUAAUUUAGAUCUCUCUAGAAGUCAAUAUUAUGAUGUCUAUAUGACUUUAUUAAGAGCAGGACAUGUUGCUAAUAUUACUAUUGAUUCUCCUUUUAGAUAUGGAAGUAUAACUCCACCCCAAUUAUCCAAAGUCUUUAAAAAAGGAAUGUUUGAUAAUCUUCCUUUAUAUAACUCUCAAGUCAUUCCAAGAGAAAUUUCUAUUCAUGAAUUUAAAACAUUAAAACCAUUGUACUCUUCUCGACUUUCUUCUUCUGAACUAAUUUUAAUUGACCAAGGAGCAAUAGAUACUAAAGGUUCUAUAACAAAACUUAAAAGCUCUUCUUCCUUAAAAGAAGAAAACACUAAACGAAUUUCUGGGGUUAAAAAGAUUGAAGUAAACAAACACGAAAAUACACUCAGAGAAGAAAAAUCUAAAAGGAAGUUAUUUAGUAAAGAGUCUAGAAUUGAUAAAGAACGAAGAAAUGAAAUGCAUCGUCACAUAUCUCAAUCCAAUAAUAAUUCUGAUAAUCUUAUAACAAUUCCUGUUCCUUUAAAAAAAGUAUCUCUACCAACAGAAUUAAGUUGUGAUAGUUUAAAUACAACUCUAGAUGUCCCACGGUCUUCAGAUAUAAUGAACUCUCAACAACCAAGUAAAUUAUCAAGUGGAAAUACUAUUUUUCUACCAAAACUCUCACCAACAAAUUCUCCUCAAGGUCAUGACAAUCUGAAGAAAAGAAGAUUUUCAUGGUCAGAUGGUCAUUCAUUUAGUUUUCCUUUCUUUAAGAAAAAGAAGAAAUGCAGUUCUAAGUCAAGUGAAGAAUGUGAUAAGUCUGAUAAAACUGGAAAGGAAAAAGAAGAUCAAAUAGUUGAUAAGAAAUAA